AUGGUGCAGGUAUACAAGGAACCGCUAUUAAAACGGCACUACGCGAGCCUGAUUAGCAAUGCGGUGGCUUUCCGGGCGCUGGGGCUCGUCGCGGUGCUCGUGCUCGCGGUCAUCGCGUCGUACGCGUCGGGGGGCUUUUGGCAGAGACUCAUGAUGACGCACAACCAGCCCCGCGUCAAGUUCACUUACGACAUGGUGGUUGUGCUGCACGAUGGGACGCGGACCAGCGCGUGGACGCCGUACGCGACCAUGAACGAGGCGCUCGGCUCCGCGUUCGUUCCGGCGUCCGUGGACGCCCUCGAGCGCGACAUCAACAACGACGGCAAGCCCGACGUCCUCGACAUCGUCUUCCGCUCGCGCGCCGCGCCCGCCGUGCAGGGCGUCACCGCGGCACUGCAGCUCGACUACUUCCUCGACGCCGGCGUCGACAUCACCAUGAAGUCCCUCGUCUACGUCGAGUACUUCGCGGGCCUCCCCGGCGCCGCCCUCCACGUCGACGGCGACCUAAUGUUACACGCAAAGGAGCCCCUGCGCGACCGCACCGUGCGCACGGUGUACGACGAGGACAUCCUCGCGGACCCGGGCAGCGGCACCGGGGCGCUGAAGCCCGGCGGCGAGAUCAACCUUCCGGACCUGGUGGCGGCGUAUCUGGACCGAAAUGAGACGACGGCGCUGGGGAAUGUGCACACGGUGUGGCAGGCGUCGGGCGGGGCGAGCGCGGCGGGGUUCGAGCUGCGGGUCAAGGUGCGCGUGCCGGAGCAGGUCGUGGUGGCGAAGACGGCGCGCGCGCAGCUGCUGAAGUGGGGGUGGGUGCAGCUGUUCCCGGUGCUGGGGGUGUUUUACGCGGUGUUUUACCUGCUGGAGGCGGAGCUGUUCCUGAAGCGGGUGUUCGCGACGCGGGUCGUGUCGGACGUGGAGCGGAAAAAGCCGUUCUAG